AUGAGCGGCCUGGCAGGGAAGCUGGACCCUCGCAGGAUACAGUGGGGCUCGACAUGGAACACCUUCGCGUCCCGCGUCCUGAGGACCAAGCCCGUGGAGUCCAUGCUGGAUUCGGCCAUGACGGGCACCAGCUCGCAUGGGACCAGGCUGGCCCGGGUGCUGUCCACGGUGGACCUGGUGUCGCUGGGUGUCGGCAGCUGCGUCGGGACGGGGAUGUACGUGGUGUCGGGGCUGGUUGCCAAGGAGAUGGCCGGCCCUGGGGUCAUCGUGUCCUUCAUUAUCGCCGCUGUGGCCUCCAUCCUGUCAGGAGUGUGCUACGCCGAGUUCGGCGUGCGCGUGCCUAAGACCACGGGUUCGGCCUACACGUACAGCUACGUGACCGUGGGCGAGUGCGUGGCUUUCUUCAUCGGCUGGAACUUGAUCCUGGAGUAUCUGAUCGGCACGGCGGCCGGGGCGUCGGCUCUCAGCAGCAUGGCGGACUCGCUGGCCAAUCACAGCAUCAGCAACUUUAUGAUCUCGCACAUCGGAACGCUCAACGGCUUGGGCAAAGGAGAGCAAUCGUACCCGGACCUGCUGGCGCUGCUGAUAGCUUUGCUGGUGACGGUGAUCGUGGCUUUGGGAGUGAAGAACUCCGUGGGCUUCAACAACGUGCUAAACGUCAUCAACCUCAUAGUGUGGGUGUUCAUGAUGAUCGCCGGGCUGUUCUUUGUCAACGGAGAGAACUGGGACGAGGGGAGAUUCCUGCCCUUCGGCUGGUCAGGGGUGAUGCAGGGUGCCGCCACCUGCUUCUACGCCUUUAUCGGAUUUGACAUCAUUGCCACAACAGGAGAAGAGGCCAAGAGUCCCAACACCUCCAUCCCGUAUGCCAUCACUGCCUCGCUCAUCACCUGCCUCACUGCCUACGUUUCUGUUUCUGUGAUCCUGACGCUGAUGGUGCCGUACAAUGAGAUCGAUGCAGACGCCCCGCUCAUGGAGAUGUUUGCCAUGCACGGCUGCAUGUUCGCCAAGUACAUCGUGGCGGUCGGAUCUAUAGCCGGACUGACCGUGUCCCUCCUGGGGUCCCUGUUCCCCAUGCCCAGGGUGAUCUACGCCAUGGCAGGGGACGGCCUGCUGUUCAAGUUCCUGGCCAACGUGUCUUCCUACACAGAGACUCCCGCUGUAGCCUGCGUGGUGUCGGGCUUCCUGGCUGCCCUGUUGUCCCUCCUGGUCAGCCUCAGAGACCUCAUAGAGAUGAUGUCUAUAGGAACCCUGCUGGCCUACACCCUGGUGAGCCUCUGUGUUCUCCUGUUACGCUACCAACCGGAGGGCGACAUCCACGGCUUCGUGAACUUCCUCUCUGAGGAGCAGAACAACAAGAGGAAGGAGGGCGUUCUGGCCGAGUGCGAGAAAGACGCCUGCUCGCCAACCAGCGAAGCUGACGAGUACGGAGGUCCGCCCACCAACACCUGCGGAGCCAAAAACCUGCCGUCGCUGGGCGACAACGAGAUGCUGAUCGGCAAACCAGAUAAAAACGCGUACACUGCCAGCCACCCUAACUACGGCACGGUGGAUAUGACCACGGGCAUCGAAGCAGAGGAGUCUGAAGGCGGUCUGUCCCGGCGUUUGAAGAAACUGAUCGGGCCGCGUUACUAUACUCUGAGGAUCCGACUCGGCCUCCCGGGAAAGAUGGACAGACCGACUGCAGCCACCGGCAAAACCGUCACUGUGUGUGUGCUGCUGCUCUUCAUCUUCAUCUUCGCUUUCUGCUCCUUUAUCAUUUUCGGAGCGAGCAGCAUCGGAGAGGGUCGCUGGUGGGCCUUGCUGCUAUUAAUCUUCUUCAUUCUCUUCAUCGCCCUGCUGGUCAUCAUCAUCCUCCAGCAGCCAGAGAACCCUAAGCGUCUGCCCUACAUGGCGCCCUGCGUGCCCUUCGUACCUGCUUCAGCCAUGCUGGUCAACAUCUACCUCAUGCUCAAACUGUCUGCCAUCACCUGGAUUCGGUUUUCAAUCUGGUGUUUUGUGGGUGUGCUCAUCUACUUCGGCUACGGCAUGUGGAACAGCACGCUGGAGAUCACAGCCAGAGAGAACGAGGUCCACGCCUCCACCUACCAGCGCUACGAUCAAGGUGUGGACGAGGGUUUCUGCGGCUUCGACGACGACUUCUACCCGCCUACCACCGAACCCUGGGGCGCACCGGAGGGCGGAUCGGGGCUGACCCCUCCUCCCGAGGCGAAACCCGAAAGCGACGGGACGCCGUCGAAAGGCGGAGGCAGAACCGUUGCCAAUCGUGCCCUCGCGGAGGAGGAUCCGAUGGAUUUCUGA